UUCUGUAUGUUAUAGUACAACGUAUGUGGGCAUAGAAGCAUCCGAACUGUGUGUUAAUAACAAAUGCAGUUUGUUGCACUCAUAUUGAUUAAACAGUUAUUUCAAAGGAUAGCAAUAUGAAAAACAAUCGCAGGAGGUUCAAAUAUGGCGAAAUUUCUGGAGGCCUUUAAUCUAGUCUAUGGCAAGGCGAACCCCCAAACAAACGAAACAGUGACAGAAUGCAUCACAAACAUCCCUGAUGACAAGUUCCACUUUUGGUUUCUUCUUCCUUCGAGCGCUAUGAUUCUUCUUCUGGCGUUCUCUUUCCACCGGAAGAAUCUCUAUCUGUCAUGUCUGGGUGGGAGACCCGCAGCUGUCUUUCCAAUGGAUAUUCUGGGCAAGUCAAACCGGAUGUCCUAUGCGGCAGCUUGGGGCGCCAUAACUUUCCUCACGGUGGACAUGGUGUUUGGGUUAACAGUCAUAGUUGACCUGCAAGGUCCCAGAUACGUGACAAUCUGGAACAAGAUCCUGUCCAUGGGAGUGAUAGGGGUUGGCUACUUCCCCAUGUUUGCAGCCCUUGCACUGGAUUCCCUUGUCAGUCUUGUGGUGGCCGAACUAUACGCAUGCGUGCUGUUUGCAGUCAACACGUACAAGAUAUUUGAAUGUGACCUCAUACCAACAGCUCGCCUCAUUUUGUUUGCUCGAGACUUUCCGAACCUCGUUUGUUUAGGCUACCUCUGUAUAAGCAUUCCAUUGAAAAUAUUCAAAGGUCUGCGCAGAAAGACAGUACGUAUCUAUACGUCAAAGGAAAGGGUGUCCGUUCUCAAAAUGGACAAGGAUCUAGAUUUGACAUCUGAGGCAGAACAUGUUCGGAAUCUAUUACGGCCACCAAAACCUCCUCGCUCACCCCCUGCCAAUCUACAGGCUAAGGUGGUCGGAAUCGCAAAAUCCGUGACAGAAGUUGUCGUCUACCAGAACAAAAAUAAAUACCGCUACUCCACACGUAUUCUUACUGUUACUUUGAUGGGUCUAAUGUUGCUGUAUAAAGUAGCUGUGGAAUUAUUUGUUAUGAUCCUGGCUGUCUUCAAUUUGGUGGACAAAGGAAUUAAAGCAACGAUUGAUAUAAUAGGAAAAGAUUCCACACCUGGAGAGGAGAAGUGGAUGACUUAUAUUCGAGACACAGUUCUUUACCUUCCAGAACUGAUAACAAAUUUACGAAUUUGCUUCAUUGUGUCCUUGACCUUGACCCUAGCGGCGGGAAUACUAACCAUUCUUCACAUGAUGACGUCAUACAGGACCAAUCUGCUAUCCUUGUAUAGAGGCGACAACACUCACAUUCCGCACAGAUCCACAUUGGAGAACACCUCCCUACUGCUAGGCAGCAUGCGGUAUGCCGGGUACCAGGUCGCCUACAUUGGCUGGGGGUUCGUAUUGCAUUUCAUUUGUAUCUCCAUUGCCUGUGUUGCCUUGGACCUGCUGAUUAUUCUGCUGGCUUUAGGAAUCACGCAAUGGUUACUUUGGAUUCUGGAAACCAUAUGGCCUGCCCUUAUGAUGACAAUUAUACCUAUGCUGGUGCAGACUUUGUCAGCCAAGUUUUUCUUUCUGCAAGGAAGGGGUCGUUUCUUGGCAAUGAACAAUCGACGCGCUCUGUUCAGCUUUUCUUUCUUCAUGUUCUUCUACAACAUCUUCCUCGGUUUCUUGUCGUGCCUUCUCCGCAUCAUUAAGUCUGUUGUUAUUGGCGUCAUUUUCUUGCCGCGUCUCGACAACAGCGCCCUAACAAGGAGAUUCCAGAUGAUGGAUCCAGGAUUCGCCGCCUAUGCUGGCUUUUUGCACGUCGAAUGCUCACAUACUCAUCCUGUGCUGCUUAUGUUUGUUCGGAUAUUAUUGGCGGGAAAGAAGAAAAGAGAUGAGCCAUAUAUUGAUCCGGAAAAAUCAGAUAUAACCAUAGAAAGGACACGUGCAUUUGUUCGAGCUCGAAUCCGCUGGCAAACUGCUUAUUCGAUAUUGAAAAAUCCGGCACUGAGAGCCUUACGAAAAUCUCACUUGGACCAUGUGAAAGAACUUCAAGAACGCUUAUCAAAAUUGUACUAUUUAGACAAGAACCAAACUAGCGAACUUAUAAAAGAAAUUCAGAAAUCAGGAGUGGACUUGAAAGAUGUUAAUGUAACACUCGAGGCAGAAGGCAAAAGAACUUUUUCACAACACUGGGACACGGCGUUGAAAAUAAAUAAUAUAAUGCAAAAAAUGCGGAGAGAUAGGGGUCUUGGAUUAGGAAUUUUCGCUUCCCAGCAUCGACAAGAAGGAAGAAGCGGAAUAGAAAAUCUUAGCUAUGCUAAUGAUGUGAGCGUUGAAUCUAAUGACAAUGUUAGUUAUCGGACUAAAUGGAAAGUAGCAGCGUUUACAGCAUUGAAAACAAAAUUUGAAGAAACCGAUACAGUACUGUGAUAUAAAACGUAUUUAUAGUGAAAUAAAAUAUGACGCAAUUAAGAUAUCAUUUAGAAUGUCACGUCUUCGUGGAUAAAAAAUAAUGAACACUUCGUUUUUACUAAAGUGCUGUUUGCUUUUCUUGUAUGAUUGUUGAUGAUAGCUAGAAAAGAGGAAUAUGAUAUUGACGUUCUGGUGAGUUGUGCAAUCCGUGUUUAUUCUGUAAAGAGAAUCGACAAGGAUUCCAACAUUUAAUACUUACAAUCGUAUUAAUGUCAAAAAUUAAAAUAAAGAAAAAAUAUUUUAUUUAUUUGAAUUAAACAUUUUAAGCAGAAAUUAUAAUAUAUUUAUUGAGGUAAUAUCAAGCAUUAUGAGGCCUAGUUAUCUCGUAAUAAACGACGUUAAAUCAUUUUUAUAGAAAUAAGCCUAUUUAAGUCGUAAUUUCAAAAGAUUUCAAUACAACGACAAGAAGGUGCCGAAUAAGUGAUAAGUGACGUUCAAAAUCGAAUACUGUCAGAAAGAUCGAAAUGCACAUAUCAUCGUGUUGGCUGUUUUUUCUUUUAAUAAUCAUCAUUACAGGAUGUGUACGAGUUGUCUCAUCUAUCUUCUCGGAUUUACUUAUGCCAUAUAUAAUAAAAGAACAUAAAGAA